AUGCUAAAUCGUGGUGGAAUUCCAGCAAUCGUUUUCUUAGUUUUAUACGCGGUGCUCUUUUCCUGGGUCACUGUACUCCUAGUCACCAAGCGAGUGUCGUGGAAAUCUCGCUACACUAGCAUCUUUAUUCAUACACUUUUGAGACUGGCCGCCCAGAUUUGUGGAAUUGGGUAUGCAGUGGCCGGCGUGGAGCACUACAAGUGGCUCAUUGCGUAUUUUGUGUUUGGAGCGGAGGGCUACUUCAGUCUUGUAUGGUGCGUAUUCCGGUUUUUGAUUGCUUUUCAAAAUGACUUACUGGGCGAAUCUUGGAUAGAGCCCAAACGCAAGGGGAAAACGCUUCGCGAAUUUUACAGGGUUUCCGCUGCAUAUCCUAUUUUGUAUUUCCAUUACAGUCUGGCUGCUGCCAAUGCUCUGAUCAUUGUGGGCUCCGUGCAGGGAGUCAACUCGCACUCCACAGAUCAGGCCUCCAAACAAAUUAACAGUGGACGUAUCUUGCGAGACGUUGGAACCGCGCUUUUCAUCGCUUGGGUUGUGGUUUUUGCCGUCUUCUGUGCCCGCACGUAUCCGUUGGUUCAAAACCGCAACCAGAUGCAUUUUUUGCACAUCCUGAGCUUCACGGUAUUACCACUUUUGAUUCGAGGCAUCUACGGGAUACUGGCAUCGGAAAUCAACCAGUGGAACUACGGUUUGCCGCAGAGCUACGACGACCAGGGUUUGAAACCGGGUCCGCUUACUGCGGAGUACGUUUUGGGCACGUCUAUGGAAUGGACUACCUGUCUACUGCUGUUGUGCACGGGUCUUUUGUCGUGGUCCAACGACGAGCAUGUGCAUAAUACGGGCGAUUCUGAGGACGGGAGAUUGAAGCUAGAGAGAGUAGACAGGGUCUAG